AUGGUUGAAAACAGUACAUCAACAAACGCCAGUUCUGCGUCCAUAUACGUUUUACAACCGGGGCCAGAACAUGCUCAUUGGCAAGUAGAUAAAUUAUACGAAGUAUUUCAAAUGUUGGAAAAUGGUAAUUUGAAACCAAAUAUGGUUGAUGAAAAAACGUGUUUAGAAAUGACUGAUGUUCAACGAAAAAUGUUCAUUCUUGAACCAUUUAGUGGCCAGUUAUUCCAACAUUUGAAAACACAUAAAGCAUGGAUAUUGGGUGCACAACUUAUUUCGACAUGUAUAGAUCAAAAUACUACACUGCCAUUUUCUUCCUAUCCGUUAUAUUCAUUAGCAAUGAAAUCAAUUGUUAUAUGUUGUACAAAUAUCGAACAAUCUCAACGAGAAACAAUCAGACGGCAUGUUGCUUAUAUGGGUGGAAAAUUUCAAACAAAUCUCGAUUCCAAUGUAACACAUCUUGUUUGUGGAGAAAGUGGUUCUGAAAAAUAUUUUGUGGCUGUUGAACACAAUGUAUCAGUGAUGUUACCAGAAUGGAUUGACAAUGUUUUCUUGUUGUCCGGUCAAAAGUCAGUCAAAGCCACUGAUUCUGUAUUCGAUCGAUUUAAAUGUCCGAUAUUUUACAAAUUUCAUGUGUGUUUAUCUGGCUUUACAACUCAAAAUCGAGAUAUACUCAAACAAUAUUUAGAAAAAGAAGGUGCAACAUAUUGUCCAGAUUUAGAUCGUGAUGUUUGUACACAUCUUGUUUGUCGAGAACCAAAAGGUGAAAAAUAUGAACAUGCGGUAAAAUGGAAUAUUUUUGCGUUGAAGUCCGACUGGAUAUUUGACAGUAGUGAAAUGGGUUACUGUUUACGUCACGAUAAAUAUUUAUGGGAAAAUAAUAACAAGGAAGCAAAUAAACAAACAGAUGGAAAAGAAAAUGCAAAGCCGCUUGAUGAUCAAGUCAUCGAUACAACAGUAUCAACACCAUCACCAUCAACAUCAAUUUCGUUGUCAUCAAGUAUGAGAACAAUAUCGACUAUUGAUAAUCGACGAAAAUCAUUAUUAACAUCCGAGCAAAUAACCGACUUUCAACGACGUUUUGAGAAAAUUGAUUAUACAAAAAUUCAUGAUUUAUUCGACGGUUUGAAGAUUUUUAUUGGACAAUUUCCAACAGCAUUCAUAAUGAAAAUACGAAAAAUUCUCGAUACUGGCUGUGCUGUUAGUUGUCAUAUUGUGAAUCCAGAAUGGUUGCUACAAUGUUGUGAAAAAGGGACACUUGUUCCAGAAAUUGAUUAUAUUCUUCAUAUCAAAAAUAUUUUUGAACAAAAUCAAAAGAUAAAUAAACAAAAAAUAUCUGAUGUAUCAACAACACCGGAAAUAAAUCGUCCUUUGUCAAAUUUUAAUGUUGAACAGUCGUUUCUUGAUACAUCGAUAUCGGCUCGUCUAUCAUCGCAAAAGACGAAAUCAUCAUCAGCAGGAUCGAUUAUACCACAUCUAUUGACUGAAUAUACACUUUCACCACAAUCAUUAUUAAAACAUUACAACCGACCAACUUCAAAAGAGCAUACAUCAUUAUUUCACACUGAACCACAAAGCCCAUCGUUAUCAGAAAUUCAGAUUUCGCAAUCAAUGAAUGACGAAAAAAUAUCAGCAGAACCAGAUCAACAGCCAAUUCAAAAACAAAAAAAAAUCAUAGUAAAAUUAAACCGACGAAAGUCGAGUAAUACAUAUAGUUCACAGUUGAUGAAUACAUCGGCAGAAGAACAACAAUCAACGACUUCAGCUAAUAUACUUCAGCCGCUUGAGAAUGACGCAGAAACUCAAUCAAGAGAACAAGAUGAACAAUCAUUAGCAAAGAUAAUCUCUUCCAAAACAUCUCGUACAAAGACUACAUCCACUCUUGUCCGUCGUCGAUCAUCAAGAAUAAACUCUCAAAAUGUAUGUGUUAAUGAAGAAAAUACUAGACUAGAAGAACAGUGUAUAAAACCUGAAACAAAUUACAAGGUUGAAACCAAUAUCGAUGAACAACAAAAAGUACAACAACCUAUUUCGAAACAAAAACGUCAACUAAAAAAACCACAACUUGUUCGAUUUCAAGAUAAUAUUCAAUAUUGUUCAUAUAAUAAUAAUCAUAAUGAUGAUAAUGAACAAAGUAAAACACGAGAAAAAUUAUUUACUAAUUUUUCUCAAUUUACAACGAGUCAAGAUAAAUUUUUUGAUACACAUAAAUUAAUUUCGAUAAAUGAUUGUGAUACACCGUCGAGAAUAAGAGCAACAAUGAUAAUCGAUGAAACACCAGACAUUAAUAGCAAUAGAAAAAUGAGAAUGACUACAAGUAAUAAUAAACAAAAAUCAAUAGAAGAAAAGAAAAAAAAUUUUUUUGAAAAUUAUAUAUUCUCAAUAUCGACUUUAUUUGAUCAAAAUAGUCAACAAUAUAAAAAUAUUAAAAAAAUAACAGAUGAAUAUAAUUCGUUUUCACCAACGACAACAUUAGCAGUCAAGAAACAAAUCUUAAUGAUUGUACCCGUAUUAUUGCAUCCAAAUGAACGUCAAUUAAACAUUAAACAAAAUGAUAUUGAAUUUGUCACAUUUUAUUGGCUACAAGAUUGUGAUAAAUGUCAAACAAUUAUUGACUUAAAUUCAUGUCCAUUUUAUAAACCUUUCAUGUUAUCAUCGGAUGAUGAUGAUGAUAAUCGAACAAUGUUAAAUGAUUGCUGUAUUACCAUUAGUGGCUAUCUUGGUUCACAUAGACAAGCAAUUGUCAAUCUAUGUAAAUAUUUUGGCGGAGAUUAUAGUGAAACAUUAAAUCGUUAUAAUACUCCAGAUGGAAAAGUAGCAACAACACAUUUAAUAACAAAAACUGCUGAUGGAAAAAAGUAUCAACAUGCACUCAAAUGGAAAACUGUGAAAAUUAUUAGUAUUAAUUGGUUAUUAGAAUCAAUAUUAUAUCGAAAACGUUCAUCAGAAAAUGAUCAUUCUAAUUUUGAUUCAAAUGUGAUUACCGAAAAAUAUAAUCAAUUAGCAAAGGAAAAUAAUGACCGACUAAAACGGUAUUUACAACAACAAACAGAAAAUAAUAAUCGUACGUCUCAAACAGUUGAUGAAUUUGUACCUGCGAAAGAAGAAAAAUUUUCUCCACCACCAAUAACAGAUACACAAUUAGAUAAGCUUAGUGAACUAUUACCACCAACAGAAUCACAAAUUAUGGUUGAUCAACUCAUGACGGAUAUCGAUUAUGAAAUGGAAAUAUUACAGAAAAAGUCAUCCUCUUCUUCUUCAACCGUCUCAGUAUCACCAGUCUACGUUGUUCCAGUAGCAACAAAUUCACGUCAUAUUUUUAACAAAAAAAUUUCUACAUUUAAUAUUAAAAAAGAAAUAUCAAUUCCACAAACAUUCGCACAACCACAGCUUGUCUCACCUACAGUAACUGUCGAAUGGUUAGAUGAUCAUACACUAGCUGAACGUCGACGAAUAAAAGAAUUAUUAAAAAAUGAUGAAUGGACUCAAAUGAUGGAAAAUGAUGAUGAUUUUAGUGAUAUUAGUGAAUCUGAACAAAAAAUAUUUCUUAUCAGUUCGUUGUCAGAGCGUACUAAAUUAAAAACAAUUGAAGUACUAUCAAACUUUAAGUCUUGUUUAGUUGAAGAAUCAAAUUCAUAUAAACAUAAUUAUACACAUUUGAUAACGGGUACAUUCACAAAAACAGAAAAACUAUUAGCAUUUAUAGCUGCUGGUAAAUGGAUAUUACAUCCAAGUUACAUUUAUGAAUGUGAACGUCAAAAUAGUCUAGUUGAUGAAGAAAAUUAUGAGUGGGCCAAUUAUAUUGUUGAACAUCAACAUCAACUACAACAACAUCAACAGUACACAAAAGAACAUGAAUUAUUAAUUAAAAUUUCAAAACAGUGGCGUUUAUAUACAAAUCAUGAAAUAAAACAAACAAUAUUUUCUGGAUGGAAAGUAUGUUUUUUGUGUAAUACUGAUCAUUCAAUUCCUUAUGGUUUAAUAAUAAUUGCUGGUGGUGGUCAAGUUCUCGAUUUAAAAGAUAUCAGAGAAGCAACAUAUAUAUUCAAUACUCGUUCAUCAAAUUCAAUAUCAUCGACAUCUUCAUUACCCGGUUCACCUUUAACUAUCUCAUCUGAUGUUCAAAUAGAAUUGGAAAAAUAUAAUAUUGAUUGGAAAACACUUGAGUUUAAAUCUCUAAAAUAUAUCUUUGAUCAAAUUCUCAAAGGACCACCGAUCAAUAUGGCAACAAUAACCACACCAUUAUCAUUACAUGAACUUACAUCCACUUCACAAAUUCGUCGAAAACGUUUAUCAAUUGAUAAUACUGCUGAGAGCGAUAAACGUUUAAAACAUGAAUAG